GCCCUCGGCUGAGGCCUGAGGCGGCUCUGCCCGCCCCGCCGAGCGCCCUCAGAGCCUGCCAAUCCCCCUCGAUCCCCGCAGAGCCCAGCGGGGCUCCUCAUCCUCCCCAGAGCCCCUCAGUGCCCGUCCAUCCCUCGGGAUCCCGCUAAAUCCGACACUCCCCUCCUGGUACUGCUCAGGGCCCCUGUCAUCUCUGAUCCCACUAAAUCCCCCUGUCCCCUCCGCUUGUCGGUCACCCCAUCCCCUCAGGUCCUGCUAAAUCCUCAGGGCCUGGCUGGAUCCUCCUGUCCCCUCAGGCAUCACUAAAUCCACCCUGACCCAUACCCUAAGGAUCCCACCAAAGUCCCCUGCCCUCUGAGGGUCCCACUAAAUCCUUUCAUUCCCUCAGCAGCCAGCCGGGUGACCCCAGCCCUUCUGGAUCCCACUAAAUCCUCACACCCCUCCAUAUCUACUUGGGUUCCCUGUCCCCUCAAAUCCCAUAAAUCCUCUCACCCCCUUCAGUGCCUGGUUGUGUCUCCCCAUCCCCUCAGAUCCCACUGAAUUCCCCCUUCCCCACAGCACCUGACUGGGUCCCCCAUCCCCUCAGACUCCACUAAAUCCCUAAUCACACUUGGUGGCCCAGGACUAAUCUUCUGCUGCAAGGGAAAGAGCUCAGGGAAUUUUGUCAGGGCUGCCCUGAGACCUUUGGUCAGGCACCAUGUUCUACCAUGUCCAUUUGCUCAUCAACAAGCGGGGGCCGCUGGCCAAAAUCUGGCUGGCUGCCCACUGGGAGAAGAAGCUCACCAAGGCGCAUAUCUUUGAGUGCAAUUUAGAGAUCACCAUACAAAAAAUCCUCUCCCCAAAGUUUGCUAUAGCUCUGCGAACCUCUGGACACUUACUCCUGGGGGUGGUACGGAUUUACCACAGGAAAGCAAAGUACCUCUUGGCAGACUGCAGUGAAGCUCUGACCAAAAUGAAGACAGCCUUUCGACCAGGCCUUCUUGACCUUCCAGAAGAGAACUUUGAGGCUGCUUAUCAGUCCAUUACAUUACCUGAAGUAUUUCAUGAUUUUGAAGCACCACUACCAGAUGUAAAGGCCAUUGAUGUUGCUGAACAUUUUACCUUGAAUCAGAGCAGAGCUGAAGAAAUCACACUUACAGAGGAUUAUGAAAGCAGUAUACUUCUCUGUGAUAGAAACUUUGAUGAAGAAGCAGAUGUACUGAGGAGACAGAGCUUCUUUGAGGGCAGUGUCCUGACAAGCAGUAACAGUCUGGUGGCUGAUCCCAACUCAGCCAGCACCAGCGGAGACAAAUCUGUGCUGCAUGAAGAUGUUUACUGCUUCCAGGAUGACCGUUUUGGGGAUGAGGACGAUGCUGCAGAUAUGAUUGAAAUCCUGUUGAGGGAUGAGCAAAAUGUCCUAGAUGAAGACAUUCUUGAUGCGGAGGAAGCACAUCCUUUGUCACAAGAUCUGCCAGAGACCAGCACAGCCAUUGAGUCCAACUGUGCAGACACCACCGUAAAGGAUGUAAAUCAUACAAUGAGUGAGACAACCCUUUUGUUCCAGGACGAAGGAUUUCUGCUUGAGCCAGUUGAUGAUACAGCUGUCACCCAGAGGAAAAAAAAACAAAGAAAGAGGAAGCUUAUGGUGGAUGCAGAGAAUGAGCUCAGCUGCCACACCAUUUACAAGCAGCUCAAUGACUGCACAGACCUCCUGACCACGCUGGACCUUGCUCCCCCAACCAAGAAAGCAAUGAUGUGGAAGGAGUGGGGAGCUGUGGAUAAACUCCUGUUCCAUGCUUCACAGCCUGAUAUUCAUGCUCAGCUGCAAAAGUUGUUUGAAAAAAGCUUCAAGGCUGACAGAUUCAAGAUGAGAGCAAAUGGAAUACAGAGGACGUCUGAAAUGAAAGAAAUGAGAAAAGAGCAAGAUACUACAGAGAUGCUGCCAGUAGAAGAGCCAAGUUACCUGCAGGAACCAGCUCAUUCUGAGACUGAGAGAAAAAUUAGAAAUGAUUCCUUUAUGUUGACAUCACAGAGUGACAGAAAUGAAACCAAUGAGAACUGUGGUGAAAUUAUAGAGAAUGGAGCAGCUUUUUCUGAGAGCUCAAAAAAUUCCCUGGGCCAGGAAGAUGAAGCACAGCAGGUGGAGGUGCCAAAGGAGCAAACAAGGACCAGGAAAGACAAUGAAGAAAUAAGAUGGGGCAAAAGAACUCUUCGGUUACAAAAAACUUUACAGCAACUGAAGAGAUCAGGUGUGUGUUCCUUCAGUUUCCGGGAGCUCUGCCAGAGAAACAACCGGAAAGAAGCUGCAGCCACGUUUUACCUCUUUCUGGUGCUGAAGAAGCAGCAGGUCCUUGAGCUGCAGCAGCAUGAGCCCUUCGCUGACCUCACAGCCACUGCUGGACCCAUGUUUAACAAGAUCAGAUAAACUGAUCAAAAUACAGCUUAGAUUGCAUUUUCCAGCAUGGUUUUCCUGGAAAAAGGAUGGAAUGUCUUGUCAAACUGUGGGAGAUGAGCAGAGCUCCCAGUCCUCUACAGUAUCCAGUAAUGGCUUGUGAAGGGGUCCUGCCCCAGGUGAUCAAUACAGGGCUUAUUAUUAAUGUUUACAGUUAUUUACAGUAUAUAUAGUAUAGUAAAUAUAGAUAUUUAUAGUAUAAUUAUAGUUAUUUAUAGUAUUAUUAAUACUAUAAUUACAUGAUGAGUUAUACAAUACAUUAAUAAAAUACCCCUAAAAUAUAUAUUCUACAUAAGAGAUUUACAUUGUAAAAGAAUUUUAUAAAAAUCCUCAAAGGAAUUUUAUAAAUGUCCUUGAAGGGUUUUUAUAAAAGUCCUUCAAAACCUUUCUCAGAGACUACCUUUGGAACUUAAAUUACUUUUGACGAGGCUUGUGUCUGUUAAUUAUUGAAUACCAUCAGUAAGAGUUAUCUGUUUACUCUCUGUAGCAAAAAAAACUUAGACUAUUUAAAAUUGUUCCUGUCAAAGAAUGUUCAGUAUUUCAUGUUUUAAGAUCUGGCAGGGUAUUGUCUUCAGUGUUGCUUUUAUGUGUUCAGACAGACAGAGGUUACACUGGCCCUAGAAGAGCCCAGAAGCUGCAACAAGAAAUUCUAUUUCAUAAAAAUCCUGCAACUUCAGAUUUCACAGAGCUUUUUAACUUAUUAACACCUUUAUUCAUGUGUAGACCUAUUUAAAAAUGGAUGUUAACUGAAAUAUUAUUAAUUCCUUGCAUUUUUAUCUAAUUUAGGAUCAAUUUUAUCCCUUUUACUGUCAUUUUCUGAAGCUCUAGUCUUCUGGCAGCCUCCCACCUGGAGGAGGGAUGGUUGUGCCCCACUCAGGUGCUUUGAUGCUGUGGGGACAUCACUUUUCCUUCAUGUGGAGUCAAUAAAAAUCAGAUGUUUCCUUUG